AUGCGCCGUUCAGCUGCAGCCACUCAGACAUCCUCUGCUGUUGCCUCCUCAUCCCUUGUAUCUGCAGUUCAUGUUUUCUCCUCUUCUCUGACCAUGUCAGAAAAUUUCCAAAAGCCAUUUCUACUUGGAACUCUAAAUUCUCUGCAGCACUCUCUUCCUGUGGUGAGCAAUGCAACCUCCCUGACAGGAAGUGCCUGCAACUUCUCCAGAGUCUCUGCUCCUGCCGUCGGUUCGGCAUCAGCUACCGGUCCCAACGUGAUCAAAGCCAAAGACAACAGAGCCAUUAAGGUGAAUCAGGUGCGGGAAAAGCCAAGUGUCAUAAAGGCUCCCUCUGAUCAACCCAGAAAGAACAAACAUAAAGCCUCUGAGCCUAUCAAUGCUGCUCCCAAGGCCAAAAUGCAGCCAAAGAAUCCAGAGUGCCUGUUAGCGGGAGAAGUGGCUCUAUGCAAUGCUGCAGUCAGUGACAGGGCUCCUGUGAACACGGCCAAGGGUUCUAAAGGCAAACCUCAGAAAGCUGCAUCCAGGAAGAUCAGCAAAACGAAGAGCCACGGGCAGGAAAAGACCAAAAGGACCAGAGGAAGAAAGAAGGCUGAAGAGAAUAAGCAGCCAGGGAGCAAAGUCAAGGCAGGAGAGAAGCCAACAAUUCCCCAGAUGAAGCGAAAGGAACACCAAACUGAGCCUAUCCAAGAGAGCUUUAAAAAGCCUCGAACCGCCCUACGCGUGCGCAUGCUGGAGGCUGUGCAGGUUUUUCAUGCACUGGGGGAGAAGAAUGAUAAGAGAACUGGGCUCUCCUCCUGUUGGGUCUUGGGAAAUUCAAGCAACUCUAAAGACCCCCAGCCACCCCCAGCUAUCCAGCCAUGGCGGAAUACCCCACGUGAGGGUAAGGGCCCUGAGAAAACUCAAGGCGAAGCCCAGAACCCAGACAGCAGUGCUGAAAAAGAGUGUCCAUCUCCAUCCCAGUAUGAGCUGCUGCCUCCUGGGAAGGUCAAGUUGAUACCUCUGCCUUUUUCUGCCUGGGACAAGCCUCAAGCUCGACCUGCUCCUCGGAGGCCACAGUCUCCGGCCUCACAUCGGCCUGCUGUUGCUGACCGUGCCCACCCUGCUUCUACUGACUCAGCUCAAACUGCUGCAGUCAGUUCUUCCCAGCCAGCUCCUGCCUCUUUGCCAGGUCCUGCCAAACCAGCUCAGCCAACUGUGACCAACCCAACCCAACCGGGUUGGACCGACCAUACCCAGCCUAGUGUCCCUCAGUCUGCUGCUCCUAGGCCUGCACCCUACAAAACGUCAUCAUGCACUUCUCUCCAGUGGGAGCCUGUCCCCCCUGCUGUGACUAAGCGCCAGUCCCCAGCCAACCUCCAAACCCCAUUUCUACUCCAAGACUUCAGCAAGAAACCAGUUCCGUGGAGGGAACCCAAUGUUCCUCAGCCAGUAAUGUCAAAGCCCAUCGAACUAGAGCAGAGGCCCGAGCGGGAGGCCAUGAAGAGGCGGGCCCAACAACAACGUGAGAAUGCUGCCAAAUACACCUCUUUGGGGAAAGUGCAAUUUUUCAUUGAGAGGCAAAAAGAAAUGGAAAUUGCUGACUACUACGGAUAUGUAAAGUAACAGCUGCUAGGAUUGUUGGUGCCACCUUGGGGACCAG